GCAAUGUUUUUUCAUGUUAAUGCUACCCUCAAAUGAAGGUUCAUGUCUCUGAAAUUCGCAAUGCAAAAGGCUUCAGAAAGGUGGUCCUAUUGCUCAUAAUCUCACCUCUUCUCAUCGCAAUCCCUCUCUAUGUCCUCAACAUCUCCCCAUUUUCCCUAUACUCACCAGAACUUUCUCCAGUUUAUCAUUCAAUGACUGCUGAUGUCUCGAACCGCGUUUCCGUAAAGCCGAAGAGUUGCGACAUCUCUAAAGGGAAAUGGGUUCCAUAUGCCAAGGGGCCGUAUUAUUACACGAAUUCAACUAGGUGCGUGGUCGAUGAUCGACAAAACUGCAUGAGACUUGGGAGACCAGACGCUGGAUUCAUGAAAUGGAGGUGGAAACCAGAUCAAUGCGAGCUGUCCCACUUCGACGCGAAGGAAUUCUUGGAGCUCGUGAGAGGCAAGUCCAUGGCAUUCGUUGGCGACUCGGUGGGGAGAAACCAAGUUGAAUCCUUGAUGUGCCUUUUGGCUAAUGUGGCCCAUCCGGUGGAUGAUGCACCGAGUUUAGAAGGUUUGAUCUCGCGCUGGUUCUACAGCAAUUACAAUUUUACGCUUGGGCUGGUAUGGUCCCCUAAUUUGGUCAAGUCCUCCAUUGGAAACCGCAACGGUUCCUCUGUCGUGGGUCUAUUCAAUCUCUACUUAGACAAGGUCGACGAAGGGUGGACAUCCAAGAUCAAAGACUUUGAUUACCUGAUCAUCUCAGUCGGGCACUGGUUCUCCAGGCCAUUAAUAUACCACGAAAAGGGUAAGGUCAUCGGGUGCCAUAUGUGCCAGGAUGCGAACAUCCUUACCCUUUCGAGGUACUACGGAUACAGGAAGGCCUUGCGAACCGCCUUCAAGGCUAUUUCGGGGAUCCCAAACUUUAAGGGGGUGACGAUUUUGAGGGCAUUUUCGCCAACUCACUUCGGGAGCGACGAUUGGGUGAGAGGGAAUUGCUCAAGGACAACUCCAUUUGGAAAGGAAGAGAUGGUGAUGGAUGCAAACAAUUUGGAGUACUAUUUGACUCAAGUUGAUGAGUUCAGGACAGCAGAAAGAGAAGGGAGAAAGAGGGGAUUGAGAUUUAUGCUGUUGGAUGUUUUUGAAGCCAUGGGAAUGAGGCCGGAUGGGCACCCAUACCACUAUGGGCACCCACAAAACAAAAGAGAGGCUAUAGCUGAUUGUCUCCAUUGGUGCUUGCCUGGCCCUAUUGAUUCUUGGAAUGAGUUUUUGCUCCAUAUGUUGAAGGUGGAAGCCCAAAGGGAUUAGUUGAUUGAUAAAAUACUUUAGGAUGAAAAACUGAAAUAGCUCUUGUAUUAGAAAUAUAUGUGUUUACAAAUUUUCAGCAGCAGGGUUAUGGAUACGAAUGUCCGGACACCAAUCCGACUACUACAGAUGCGUUCGGAGUCGUUUGAUACACAUAAAUCCCAUACGAUGCAAUUGGACUCAAAUGCAUGGAACAGUUGCAAACACAUCCCAGUGUCCCAUAAUUCUACCAAUUUCAACAGAGGGAGUUGUUAUUUGAUGUGUAGAUGUGGUAGGAAUAGUGUUCAUUUUUGAAUUUUGUGACUGUGUACCGAAGAGUUUGGUAGUAGUUGCAGUUUGCAGCUUAUCCUUUGCCAACGAAUUGUGUCCAGAAACCCUAGAGGGUUGGUCAAGUGGUGGGAGUAGUGACGAAGCCAUGAUUUCUCGUUUGAGGAGCAAUUUUUUUUUUGUAACUCAGGUAUUCGGGCCAGUUUAUGCGCACAUCGAUAAAGAAUUACAAUUGCAAAGGUUGGUCGAGUACGAGUAGUGACGAAGCCAUGAUUUCUCGUUUGAGGGGCGAAAACAUUUUCAUAAAGAAUUUCAAUUGUGUGCGAUCCAUACAAACUAGUACUAGCACCCAUUUACUGUAUAAACGAACAUAUACAAGCAAAAUGGGUAAGAAAUCAAAUAGUAGAAGACGGAAAAGGUUUUAC